CAACGUUGUCGUCGUUGUAACCUGAGCAUCGCCCUUGCAUUUUUGCCCAGUAGCUCUUGCACGGCCUGCUCCGACUCCAGACUUCCAAGUGCAGCCUUGAUCCUCGCUACUUCUUCGGCAGAUGCACUCACUCUAGCAUGUGCCACGUUUGCUCUGCACCGAUGAGUCGGCGUCGAUGUGAACGGGCGACGACGGUCAGGCCAUGGCCCGUGCUCGCGUGCCUUCGUCGAGUGCGCAGGUUGUUGAUGAGUGCGCCGUCUUCCGCGAACUGCGCCCUGCAAGAUUCGUCAGCGCGUACCUCCUUCUCUCGUGUCCGUCCUCUGUGCAUCGCCGCGCCACCCGUCCGCAUCGCCGCGCGCCGUCCAAUGCCUAUGGCGGCAUGCACCCUGUCCACUCCUCGCCCUGGUCUGUCUCCGUGCUCGUCCUGCGCCAACCGCGCGUCACCGGUUGACUGGAUCCUCUCGAUGUUCGUCAGCGCGCCCGCGUCUCCGCGCGCAUCUCUUCCUUUCCUCGUCGCGCCACACCGUCCCCAACGCAACGUCCGUCCGAUGUCCAGCAGCCCUCCGCUCCUCACAGUGAUUCUCCUCUCGCCCUCGCCUCCUCUCCACGCCCGUCGCUCGCCACCCGGGGUCUGUGCCUUCAUGGUCCUGCGUUGCGAUGCUGUCCGGGUCUUGUGUAGCAUGCCGGUGUGUCUUGCGUUGACGUUUCCAUACUACACGGAACUGACGUCCAUCCCCACUGACUAGACAUCGGGCGCUGCGUGCGAGGUAGCAUAGCGACGCGACACCGGUACGUCCGCGACCUAGCUCGUGACGUCCACCUGACCGAACCCGCCUUCAUUCCCCUGUGGGUCGUGCACACUCCGCCGUGUCGGCGCCGCGCAGCAAGAGGGUGCUGUCGUCGUGACGACGCUGGUAUGGUGCCCCGUCUUUGUUCUUCUCGAGCGGCGCGCAGGUCGACAAGUGCACUGCACAGGGAGUGGGUCCGUGACCCGGCUGGACAACGCUUGGGGACGCGACCGCGCCUCGCCGCACGUUCCGCGUGCGGUCGUUCCGUCGAUGGUGUGCGUGGCCGGCGAGUGGGAUGGCGAGACCACCGGUGAGUGACGUUUGCCUUGCGCGCGGUGCCGUGUUCGUCGCUGAUGUUUCGACCUCUGGCUGUCGUCGUGGUGCGGCGUGGCGGUGAGGCCUCGGCGGGU